UUGUCUAUCGAAUGUUAGUUAUAUAUUCUCUGUAAAUAGUCUUUAACGGAGUGCAGAGGACAAGGAUUGGUCUUCGAAUGUCUCUUUGACAGUGCAUUGUGGGAACUAUUCCGGUGUAUUCUGCAAGUAUCUGUUGGUGCUACGAUUUCAUGGAUUUAAAGAAAUUUCGAUAUCGGAAGGCGUUAUCAGCGUUAUCUGGCGGCCGGCUGCGCGCACCGGAACCCUUGCGAUAAGCGGCCCGCAGAUCCCCGUGCCGAGGCGCCACGCAGCUCUGCCAGCACACGUCGCGGCUCUGCGCAUCCCUCGGCCCGGCCCGGCUGUCUUGACGAUGACGGGCGCUCGGGCGCAGCUGGUCACGUGACUGCCGGAUGGCGUCCUCUGCGGUCUUCUGCCUCAGCCUGCAGAUAAGAGUUGGCAGCGACGGUGUGGGCGAGCUGGUGGGCACGGGUGGGACCGAGGCGGGGGCGGCGGGCAGCGUGUUCCUGGUGAGCACGCGCCGCCCCCAGCCCGUGGCUGCGACCUCCGCCGCCAUUGCCGCCGUCACCGCUGUUCAGGCCCCGGGGGCCGUAGCAGCCGCCGCCCCUUCAACUCGUGCUAUCACGUCCGCCGCUGCCGCCGCCACGCAGGUCGACGCCGUUACAGAUGGAGAGGCCAUCAAACUGCCGGACAACUUGGAAAGCCUGCCGAAAGCUGACCACUUUCCCACGCAGAGGCAUCGGUGGAACACCAAUGAGGAAAUUGCCGCCAUACUCAUUAGCUUUGAUAGGCACAAUGAGUGGCAAAGCAAGGAGGUCAAGAUCAGACCGAAGAGCGGCUCGAUGCUGCUGUACUCGCGCAAGAAGGUGCGCUACCGGCGGGACGGCUACUGCUGGAAGAAGCGCAAGGACGGCAAGACGACGCGCGAGGAUCACAUGAAGCUCAAGGUGCAGGGCACCGAGUGUAUCUACGGCUGCUACGUGCACUCGGCCAUCCUGCCAACGUUCCACCGGCGCUGCUACUGGUUACUGCAAAAUCCUGAUAUAGUACUGGUGCAUUACCUAAACGUGCCCUAUCCUGAUGACAACAAGCUGGCAGUGAUAACUCCAAGCCUUGCAUUAUGGGGAGACAAGAAGGAGUGGACCAAGGAGGAACUGGUAUCACAACUGAAGCCCAUGUUUUUCAGCGAGGAUGAGCCAGACCUGAAUAAUGAACUUGAAAUAUCAACAGCUGAAACUGUGGAAGCCAUUGUGACACAACUGAUGGAGAAGCAGCGUGUAGCUCGUGCAGCUGCUCUAAGCAAGCAACUCGAAUGUGGGUGCCCAGAUUCCACAUGUGCUGACAGUAAGACAUGUUCCCAUCCCAUGCGACGAAUUACUGCAGCAACAGCAGAAGUUGACAGCAGUAAUCAGGUGUCAUCAACAACUGGCACAGGAAGCCUACUGCUAUCUACAGGCUCUGGUUCUACAAAUGGCAGUCCUGCUGUAGGCAGUCAAACUCAGCAGCGAGUACAUCGUUCGUCUGCCUCUAAUGUCCAGCAGAAUUCAACAGCACCACCUCUUGUGCUUAGUUUAUCCCAGAUACAGGGAUGUUCUGCUGGUAGCCUACUCAUACUCAACAGCUCGUCAACCACUGGAAACUCAAAUAGUGGAGGUGGUACAGUGACAUUUUCCAGCAAAGAAAAGACAGUUGUUCUUAAACAGGAAGCAAUGGACACAAGUUCUUGCAGUCGUCUGCAGGAUGUGAGCAACAACAACAGUAGCAAAAUGGAUGUGACUAAUGGCAAUGCUCCUCCAACAUAUGACAAUAGUGCUUACCACAGACAGCUUCGGCAGCAUGAGAAGCGAUCAACAGGAGAGCAGCUUCCGCUCUUGCUUAGCAGUGCACCCCCAACACCAAGCAAGCAUAUGGACACUACUACCUCAGAAACAGAACUCACUAGCUACUGCAAUGCAGAUACUGUGCUUGUCAUAGGGACAGGGUCCUCAACCAAAAAUAAUGGAGUGGGUGAUUCCUCAGGGAUGGGAGAUUCUUCUGUUUCCCUUGGGUUUUUUAAUGAAACUCUUGAUUUGUCACAAGAGGACAUACAGAGGACAUUACAGGCUAACAUGCCCUGUGCUACUGGUGUCACUGUAGAUGAAUCCCAUGGACAGCACCAAGCAGAUGACGAUGAUGUGAUAGUAUCAGAAAUUAAUCCUAUGGAUUUUAUUGAUGGGUGCUGUGAUGUAGUAGUUUCACCAGAUGAAACACAGUCUGUAACGGGUACAGGUGUGGACGAUGAUGUUUUUGUAAAUUUGGAUGCAUUUGAUAUGUUAGGUGAUUUUCCUGAACUUGAAAUUAUGGAACCAAGUGUUUCUGCAGAUGAGACAGUAACUGUACAUAGUGGUGAUGUCAGUGUUGAUGACAAGGACUUGGUAACUGUGACUUCCGUUGAGUCACAGCAGGCUUCUCAUGAACCUGACAAGGAUAGAGGUCAGCCUUCACCUACCAUCGAGUUUCAUGAGGGGACUGUCAACAUUACUGAUUAUUCCCCUGAGUGGGCAUAUCCUGAGGGAGGCGUGAAGGUGCUUGUAACCGGUCCUUGGUACUCAACUACAUCACCAUAUACUGUGCUAUUUGACACAUUCCCUGUGCCUACCACUCUGGUACAGAGUGGAGUACUGCGGUGUUAUUGCCCUGCACAUGAGGUAGGAUUAGUUACUUUGCAAGUAGCCUGUGAUGGUUUUGUCAUCUCAAAUUCUGUGAUGUUUGAAUACAAAGAGCCAAUAAGUGGUACCAGCCAAAUGGCAUGUGAAGAGCGUGAAUCUCGUGACAAGAAUGGCAAUGACAACCUUCUACGUUUCACCCUUCUGCAACGCUUAGAGGCAAUGGAUGGUCGUCUGCAAAUCAAACAGGAGCCUGAGGGUUCUGAUCUGGUUGAAGGCUCAUCAAUGUUAAGCCAAAGCAAUUUUGAAGAUCGUCUGGUAAACUAUUGCCAAGAAAUGACUUCAAAGACUUGGCAGUGUGGAGAGGAAGUGAGCCCCUCUUGGUUCUGCAGUCAUCGAAGCAUGACACUUUUACAUCUGGCAGCAUCCCUUGGUUACUCUAGGCUUGUUUGUGCAAUGUUGCACUGGAGAGAGGAGAAUUCGUCUCUUCUGUUGGAAACAGAAGUUGAUGCCCUUAGUCAGGAUGAAGAUGGAUAUACUCCCCUUAUGUGGGCUUGUGUACGAGGUCACCAUGAAACUGCAUUGCUGUUGUAUCGAUGGAACCAUACAGCACUAAAAGUGCGAAAUCAUGCUUCACAGACAGCUAUAGACUGUGCAAGAGAAUAUGGACAUGAUUCUCUGGCACAGGACCUAGAGCAGCAAGAGGCUUUACGUCUGCAAGAGAACCCUGGACCAGAUGACAUAUUUCUUCGACCAGAUAUUGUUACAAUAUUGGACUCUGAAAAAACUUCACUGAACAGUGAGCUCCAUGUAAACAUUCCACCCUCUACAAACAUAGAUUCAGAGAUGAGUACUCCAAAUAGUAAUGAGAAUGGCAGUCAUAGCUCUGCUCAGAGUCCUGUUUGCUCAAGCUCAGGAAAUGGAGAAUCUAAUAGUAGUGGCACAGUUCAACAGAGGCUGACAAAGCGACCAUCAGUGGAUAGUGGCAUCAACUUGGGCCAUUCUUCAGAUAGCUUGUCAUCUUUACAGAGUCGAGGACCUGGUUCCAAAGCUUCCUCUUCAAGAGAAGUUUCAAGGUUGUCUAGGUUUGAUCGGAGCAUGUCUUUGCCAGUGAGCUCUCCAAUGAAUGGUGUUGAAACUCCAUACGACUCCAUCUCUACUGAUGGCCAUGAUCCCCUAAUGAGUUCCCCUAUUAGACGAAUGGAUUUUGCCUUAUGCGAAGUGGCUACUGGAGCAAGAAGUGAAAGUCCAAUGAUUGACGAGGAGGGAGUAUCUGAUGAGGAUCUGGAAAAUAAGCAGAACAUUGUAGGGGAGCAGGAAGUGCGUGUUUUAACUUUAGCGGAACAAAUAAUUGCUGCAAUGCCUGAAAGAAUAAAGAAUGAGAGUGCAGAUGUAAUGUUGGACCAGGACAGUUCACGAAAUGACUCAUCAGCUGGAAAUAGUGAUACCUUACCAGAAGUCUUCAUGGAACCUCUUUUGAUUGAUGAAACGUCUUCAUCAUUUGAGCCUGUAGAAUUUAACUUUGAAUUCAGUGAUCACAAUUAUAGGUACUAUGAUGUGAGCACACCAGGCUCCUCCAUGAGCCCAGCCUCCUCCAGCUGUCUACAGUCUCCUUGCUCAUUCACACUUGAUUCGCCAUCUCCACCGCCAACUACAGCUGACUUCUGUGAAUUUUUUCAGGCAUCUGGAAAUGUAUUUGAGAAGGAUUUCUCAAACCUCACACUUUCAGAUAGGGAACAACGAGAACUGUAUGAAGCAGCAAAAAUCAUUCAAAAGGCAUACCGUUCAUAUAAAGGCCGAAAGAAGUUGGAGGAACAGGAUAAAGAAAGAGCUGCUGCAGUACUUAUUCAAAACUACUAUCGUCGGUAUAAACAGUAUGCAUACUUCAAGCAGAUGACUCAUGCAGCAAUGGUGAUACAGAAUGGGUUUCGAUCAUAUUGCGAGCACAAGCGUUUUAAGAAAAGUCAGGAAGCUGCUGUUUGCAUACAAAACUACUACCGCAAUUACAGGGAGCAGGGGGGGAGAGGGAGUCGUGAGAGCACACCUAGUGCAACAAGCAGCAGCCUCAAGCGCACAUAUUCGCAGAGACGACAGCAUCAAGCAGCUCGGAAAAUUCAGCAGUUCAUGAGACAAUCGAAAAACAAAUUGCAGAGAGAGCGAGCUUUGGCAGCCGAAAGAGAGAAGCUGGAGGGCCAGUCAGUGGAUGCCCUCCAAAAGUUGCCCUGUCCCGGCAGUAUGGGAUGCUCCACCAACGUUCCAAAUAGCAGUGGCCGUCCAGUGGCAUCUAGCCCCAGAAACACUAGUGUCCAUACCAAGGAUGCUGCUGGAAAAACGUGAUUAAAUCAUUAGAGCUCUGACAACAUCCAGAAACACCAGAAAUACAAUGGAACAAAAUAUUUAUCAUGCUGAUGAAAAAGUGUUGUAUAUAUUUAUCAAAGUGCUUGUGAAAUGAACUGACUGCACUGCGUACUUUUUUGUUACUCUGUUUUAGAGUAAGCUUAAUAGUACUUUUAAAGAAUUAAGGUACUGCAACAGUCAACUGUCAUAAUGAUGGGCGUGACUGCUUUAAACGAAACACAUCACAAGACUUGUAAAUAGAAAACUGUUUACAUGUACUCUGAAUAUAAGAGAAAGCUAUAAACAGAUAGCAAGCUAGUCAUGUUUCUUUUGCCAGUAUUGUGUUUCAAGUGCUGUGAACGAAUUUCGUAUCAGGUCAAGAAAGAAUACAUUAUUGCUGACAGUGCCACAUAGUAACCUACUGUCAGUACAUCAAGUUAUGAGUACUGAAUGAACAUUUUAAACUUUGUGUACCUUGGAGUGCUAUGAAAGUAAAAGCAACCGAGCCAUGGCAGUUUUUGAUAUAUAACUAUGUUUACAUGCAGUUUCUGUUGUUCAUUGUUUGUGUUUUUAUCAGUAAAGAAAUGUAUUUUCAUGUUCUCAGGCUGUUUUGACAUAUUUGAAUAUGAUGUGGUGACUGGAUUAUGAAUGUAAUGGGACAGAGUAUUUGUUGGCUUUACAUAUUAUGAUGGAAUGGAUUAUUUUUCGUGUAUUUAUUGCCCCUUACUACCAAAAGAAACUCAAAUUUUUGUUGGCAUAAUUUAACUAUAAAUUGUGUUAUUCAUUUAAUAAAUAUAACUAAAAGCUUGUAUUUUAAAUGACUAAAUAUUAUUGCUGUUUGUUUCCUGCUUCUAUUGCAGUGCACGAGAGUUAUCAUUACCGGUAUUCAUUUGUAUGCCUCUUGUAAAGUGCAUGAAAUGUAUAACUGGUAUUCAUUCGUAUGCCUCUUGUAAAGUGCAUGAAAUGGGCAGGUCCCACUGUUUUUUGACUAUUGAUAGUGAUCAGAUAGCAAACACUUCAAUUAAUCAUGUAUAUUUUGAUAUACUAUGGAAGUCACAUAAAUUUUGACUGCCAUACACAGUAAUUUAUGAGGUGUUGUUCAUAACCUGAGGCAUGGAAAUUUUAAAGAAAAUGAUUGGUGCAUUUGUUAUUAAUUAAUUUAAACUUCUAAUUAAGUAUGUUUUAUGUACAUACAGAUUAUUUUUGAGAAUAUAAUGAAGUGUGUGGCCCUCCUCUGAGCAUGUUGGUACUUGUUGGGCCGGAGUCUGUAAGCUUAGGAGUUGAAAAGUGAGAUUCACAGAGCUGUGAUGUAGAAUUCAGAUUUCUUUUCUAAAAUAUGCAACUAAGACAUGGCUUCACUUUUUAUAUAUUUUUAUGUAGUCAUACGUAUAGUAUAUCAAAUCACCUGUUUGUAAAUAAAUAAAUUGCACUCUAGAAGAAAAAAAUUAAACUGAACUUUUUGUACUUAAUAAAAUAAGACUUAUAGAGACAAAAUGUUAUCAACAGUGUAUUUGUUUAUUCAUGUUAAUUUUUUCUCUAAAGAAAUUAGCAUGUAAUAGAAAUGGAUAGAUAACAGACUAUUUAGGUAAAAUGCAAAAUGAGGACAGGAAAUUUACAUCUUAUAAUCUUACGACAAUUCCAUUUUCAUCUUUAAAGCUUUAAUUCAAAGGUCUUCACUAUUGUAGGUGUAAAUGCCUUUUUAAAGGCAAAAGUGGUAUGGCAUUUAUAAUGCCUCUUCUACAAUCAGUUGCUUACAGAUGUAGAAAGAGCUCUAUAUUUGUAACUUACCCAUUUAGUAGAAGUGUUUACAGGACUUCUUUAUCAGGCUUCUGAAGUAUUAUUUUUUCUGGUUACUGUGAAACAAUUAUUCAGCAUAAAGCUCUUCGUUUGAUUGUUCUUUUCAAUGCAUGUGCCACAAUAUGUAAAGGAAUCUUCUGAUUCAGAUCAUUAGUAAAACUAUUUGAUUUCCAUGUUAUCCAAGUUAAUUUUCUUUUUACAUUUUUGCACUGAAUUCAGAAGUCCUUUACACUUACUAACAUUGUUUGGUAAUAUUGGGUCAACAUGUUUAUUUUGUGGAUCACAGUAGGUAGGACAUGAAUUUUCUUUUUAGUUUCUUUAUUCACAGUAAUUUGUAACUGAGGUUCAAUAUAUUCACAAAUUUUUAGCAACAUGUUCCUGUUACCUAUUUGUGGGGUACUUUUAGUUCAAUAUAUUUUUUAAGUUUAUUAAUCCAAUUAAGUUCAUUAAUCAUUUUUAAAUUAAUUAAUUUGCAUUGAAAUGGGUUUCCUUGCUGAAAAACUCAGAUACGUUUUAGGAAAGUGUAUGUAAUUUAAUAGAGCAUCAGACACGUAAAGACAAAGAGUGACACAUCUCUGUUACCAGUAUCUGAGGUGUUUCAAAAAUUUUUGUGGCAACAAAAUUGUUGCUGAAUUUUUAAUCAAAUAAUUUCAUUUAUUCCCAGACUAAGGAACUGUCAUUUGAUGGAAUUUAAUAAAAUGCGAUCUGGAGUGUAUUAAAAACAGCUCUACCACAGUUGGUGACAUUUGUGAUCUGAAAGGUUUUUAAUUCUCAAUUGAGCAUAAUUUUGUCUUCCUCCAUGUGUUAGAAAUUGAAGCACUUCUACUACACACAUUUGUCUUAAUUACUGUAACUACCAAUAACAUUCAAUUUAAUGUUUUUCCUCAUCUUCUACAACUUCCAGUUCAACAUGUGGACACUUUUUUAUAAUUCUCAGUACAAAUUCCAGCAGUGUAGAACUAAAGGCAGGAGAAAGGAAAUUAAAAUCAUUGGUGGGAUAACUUGAUAAAAUAUUUUUGAUAUCUGUUUCUAUAUAUAUUAUGAGUGUUUGAGAUUUUUAGUGUAGUUAGAAGCCAGUGGCUGUUUCAUAUUUUCUACUCACUUGUGGUUUAUCAUAUUUACAAUUUCUACAUAUUGGGACAAUAGAAUUAUUUUCUUGCACCUUACAGGUUUGUUACUGGACAGGUAUUAGAUGUUGUUUGCAAGUACCACUGAUAUUUCCAAAAAGUAUCAGAGUAUUUGUGAGUUACUGAUAUUUUUUAAACAGAUGAGCUAAUUAACCAGAAUGGUAAUUUUGUGAAGGGUUUCUGGAAUUUUCAGAGCUAAUUUUUAACUAUAAUUAUCUGAUUUUCAUGCCAAUGACAGUAAUAUCUGGGUCGCUGUUUUAAUGUGGUAUAUUAUACUAAUUUAUUACUAUCAAAUGAAACUUAAUUCAUGUAUCGUGAAAUGUUCCUUCUGUGGUAGAUGUCUGGUGUCUGGGAUAUCCAUUUUCACUUAAAGAUACCCUGAUUAGCAUGCCCUUAGUUACUGCACUUGAACUCAUUCUGUGUAACUGAAUUUUGUAUUUCACCUGUAUUCACAGAAUUUUGCUGCAUAACCACUGCCAUUUUUAUCCAGAUACAAAGUAUUGUAAGCAAAUUGUGAAGGUAGGAAAACAUCUGGUGGUCUAUUUUAAUCCACAGAUGUGCAAAACAGUUAUACAUUACAUGGAUUCAGUGAAACCUAUUUUAAAAGACUAAUAUAGAUAAAAGAUUUUAUCUUAUGGUAGUGCUCAUGAUAUUGUGUAUUGUUCCUCAUAUAACAAUAGAAAUUAAGAGGAAGUAACACCAGUAACUUCCAGAACUUAUGAACUGCAUUAGAGCUUGGAAAUAGCUCAAUGAACUUUGAAUGUUCAAAGUUGUUUAAAACAAAUUCAAAUGAGUUAAGCCUACAAAGUUCAACCUGUUGUUUAAUGCAUAUAUCCAUUACAUUAAUAUUACAAUAUUUCUGCAGGUAGUACAUAAAAGUGCUUAAAGAAUUGUUGAAAGAUAUAGUAGUGCAAUGUAAUUGACUUGUCUUUUUAUUGUCAUGAAAUCUAAUUUCUGAUACAUAACAUUUUAAAUUGGUUUCUAUUUUUAUUUGUUUUUUUAUUUAUUAUACGGGAAUCAGUUUAGAUUCUAUCUGCUUUCACUUUUUAUUAAUAAAAAAUCCUCUUCUUUAAAUGCUCAUAUGCUAUUAUUACGCUACAGUCAGCUGUCUGUUUUCUCGUGACUCUUGUUUCAUGGAUUGCAACAGACAUCCCAAAUUUUAAAGUUUCGUAUUUUGUUCUUAUCUACAUGUCUGUACUUCUCCUGCCACAUUUUCAAAACAGUCUUCAAAGUCUUCUUUCUUAAUUACAUUCAUUCAAAAGUACUUGGGGCUGAGUAUACAGUCAAAUGCUGCUGUUGUUGUUCUUUCACUGUUAACUCACAUGAAUAAUAUUAUUUACUGCAAAAGAAAACAGAUUUUUGUGUAUAUUUAAAAAUUUGUUCAAUAUAAUACUUUAUGCUUACCAUGUAGACAUCAUCCAUGUAACAGUAUAAUUCUUGUUUUGUUAGAAUCUUACAUUGUCUUGUGUAAACCAGUUAUAAAACAAAGAGAGCUGCUCACUUUCUUACCAAUAUUCAGUAACUCGUAAAUUAUUCUUACUUGAUUCUCUUUGUUCCUCUAAAAUAUAAAUUUCAAUAUUUUAACUGGAAGUUAGGUACUCUGCAACCAAGGAAGCAUACUCUUUUUUAUUGGGUUUAUUAUCUGUAAUUAAAACAAAUUUUAUUUCCAUAAUAAUCCAAAGCUUCCUUUUAAAUGCAGAUGAUGUAUGUUUUUGGUGUUCUCUGCAAAUAUAUCACUAAUUCUUUUAGACUGCGACUGAAAUAAAACACAAUUACAAAUAAUUGAAAGGCCCUUCAUUUUAAGUAUAUACAAUAGCUUCAAUACAUGUGCGCAAAAUUCACUCUUUUCUUUACUUUUCUGAGCCUCUGUUCAAAUAUUUACAUGUACAAGAGCGCAAUUACUUCUGCUCACAUACACUUACAGUUUGCGGUGUGUCUUAAUUUUUGAACCUAUACAUUACAGCAAAUAACACAGCAGUAAUGUAUAAUGAUGUGGCUCGUCUGUUGCUCAUUAACAAAAGCAUAUAAGUUUCAUCUUUUAUUGUGCUGUUGUUAAUUAUGGCUUAAAAUUUAUGUAGCAGUGUGCAUGCCUUACUGAAACUUCUGCAUCUCACAUUACUGCUGAUAAGUUAUUGCUAGUUUGCAAUCGCUCUUGCACUGAACUCUCAAUAAAACAUUGCAGAAAAUUGUUCUCACUGUGGAGGCAAUAUUAAUAUUGUAUGUUUUAUUAUUAAUAAGUUUAAUGCCAUUUUUAAAGUCAAUAACAGGUAAAUUGUAAGGCAGAUAAUAGAAAGCAGAAGGGAGAACUGUGUCUGACACAGUCAAUGUGGUGCUCAAACGUUAUUUUUCCCUACUAAAGCCACAGAUCGUUUGUAAAUAUGUAUUUAACCAAAAGUAAAGAAGGGAAAAUAGAUACAAAUGAAAAUAUAAUGAAAAACCCCUUUGUAUAUAACUGUUAAAUAUGUGAAAAUUUUAUUCUAUACAUUCAGUAAAAUUUAUCCCAUUUAAUAUUGGCAUUACUAGUAAUAAUAAUGUACAGAUUCUGAGAUAGAAUAUUAGCAUGUUUUUAAUCAGCGUAAUUAUUUUCAUACUUUCAUUUAGCUUUGAAAAGAAUAUCGAUAUAUGAUGUAAGAUUGAAUCAUAAUGCAUCUUACCAUGUGUGUGAUGUGAUAUUUACACACAUUUUCUGUGAAAGCUUUUAAAAACAGAAAAUAGAGUCAGGAUUAUAUACAAAAAUAAAUAUAUAUACAUAUAUAAUUUAUCUCUGCUUUUAAAGGUAGUACAAAAUAUAAUAAUAAGUAUAAGGAAUAAGUAAAUGCUAAAUUUUCAUAUAUAAUGUAAAUAUAUUUAUUAGGAAUGCUGUUUUUCCAUAAACAUUUUUAAAACUUCUUUUGAAGAUAAUCCAACCACUUAAGAGUUAAAAAUAAACACAGACUGUAUUUUUGAAAAUUAGGUUAGUUUCUCAUGAACACAACCUAAGGAAAGCGCUUUUAAUUGUUAAUAGGUAAGGUGCCAUUAGGAGACUUUUUUGUUCAUUUCUUCUGUUGAUAUUUUAUUGUUAAUUUUUUCAUUUUUUAGUUUUAUCUGUAAUUUUUAAUAAGCGUACUUCAUUAAUUGUAAUUAUAAUGAGUUAACUGUUUCACCUAAUGGUGGAAGUCAAAUUUCUGUUAACAUGUUAUAUGGUUCCACUACUACCUUCAUGUUUAAUUUUUGCUGUUUUUCAGAAUAAUAAAUAUUACAGUGAAUUUAAAUCAGAUUAGUAGUCAGUAACUGGAAUUUUAGAAAAAAAUUUCCGAAUGUGGGUAAUACCCUGACUGUAUAGCACCUGAAUUUCUGCUUUAAAAAGUUAGGUGAUUGGAAAUAUGUCAGGUUUUUGGCAUGGUUUCAUAAGCUUCUAGAGAAUAUUUGCACAUAAACAUACAGGGGUAUGAAAAAAUACAAUUUGAGUGUAGAAUGUGUGAGAAAUAUUGUUACUUCAGCAACACCAUCUACAAGCAUAUUGUGUAGAAUUUCUAAUUGAGUAAAAAUCAAAAGGAUUUGUUCAUAGCAGUUACAAAUUAAAAUAUUCUACAAAUCUAGAAGGAAAUUGUUCAGUAACCCUUUAACUUUAAAGAAAAGCCCUUUGGCAUGUGCUCCCUUGUACACAUACCUACAAAAGAGCUCUGAAGAAAAUUAUUCAGUUCAUAGUUAUCUGCAGUGUUAGUGGUUUUCAGGAACAGAAAAUUUCAAAUUCUUACAUAACUUGGACUUGGUAAAAAUAUUUUCAUUAUGUCUAAUAGCCAUGUGCAACACAACUGCUGAAUGGAAGGUUUUAAAUUAUACUGAGUAUAUUGGCUUUAUGGAAUGAAAAUAUUGCAAAUAUUCUCUAAUAUUCUCUACUCUGGGGUCUGAAAGAUCUUACAUCAAUAGAGUCUCUGUUCUGAUUGUCAUCUUAUGUACAUAUAUUUUCUUUAUUUUCUAGUAUAGUCUGAUUGUUAUUACCUUUUUCUCAUAUAACAUUUUUGUAUGGUUGCAUAUAAAGUGAAGAUGAUUCAGUAACAUUAAUUUGUUGAACUGUUGUGUAGUAGUUCCUAUAGAUAUGGCAAAUUCAUUACUUUUGAACUUUGUUGGUAUUCAUAAACAAGGUAUGGUAAGAAGUUAAAAAAAUUAAAAAAUCAUAUGAGAUUACUAAAUUAUCUCAGAACUGUCUCCUUGUAUUGCAGGCAGUGUAAAGUCAAUGAAACGAAACACCAAUGUGAAAGAAUAACAGAAAACUAUGAGGUCUUUCAUGAAAAGGCAUUUUCAGACACUUGUGAUACAAAUUCAUGCAGUCAGAAAAUUGUCAAGCCUAAGCAUUAUGUGGCAUUUCUUUAUUUAAGCAAGAACUUGUGACUGUUAUUUGCCUAGUAUAUAACAUACAUUUACACUGUGAUAAAAUGUGUAGCCUUUGUUAAUUUGGUGAUUGAAAUAUAGUCCUGCUAUCCAUAAAUGA